CACUGUAAUACUCAAAUGUAGCCUACCUUACCUGAGUUCUCGGAUAACGAGCCUGAAUUAUACCCGAUAGAAUUACAACUUUCCAUACUAAUAAAGAUGAAAAUACCAUCAUAGAGACAAAACAACCAGUAUAUUGAGAUAAUCACCUCACAACUAUACCAAAGGAAAUCUUCGGUACUAGAGGUCCAGUUAGAUACCUAGGUAUCUAGCUCAUACCGUAGCCUGGCCAGAUCUCACAACUGGAGAGGGUUCGAUUGCUCCCACGCAUAUACACUCUUAAACAUACCUACUACUAAACGAAUUAGCAUCAUGGAGGCAGGAAGAAGAGGUAAAACACUCUCUACACUAUUCCUCAUCUAAGUUCAAGCCAAAGUUAUCUGUUCGUGUAUAGCCACAAAAAUGCAGAAUGACGAUACGGCGGAGUUUCUCGUCGAUCACCUCAAAAAAGAUAUUUUUGAAAUACGCCCCCAGAAGAUGCCAAUUAGCUUUUUACGGCGUGUGCCAAGGCGCGUGAAUGAUCCGGAACACAUUGGAAGGCCUUCUGAUGUCGAAAAUAGGGACGGCAACAAGGGCCGAGUGACGAUGAAGCUUAGCAUAGCAGCACUCAGUCGGAUGCGGAUGCGGAAACUUCAGAUAGAGCUUACCAACCGAAUCAUGAGGAUGCAUUUCUUUAAAGAGCUUCCUGAGGAUUGGGAAAAUUUGUUAGAAAAGUACAUUACCGCAACUCGCGAUAACGACUACAUCAAAACUUGCGUCGAUCGAGGUAUGCACGAUCCUUUUCUUAUCAAAAGUGAGAGGAAAGUGGAUGCCGCCGUACUUCAAGCAGCUCUCUCGGAGAUUCCGGCGGAAAAGCUUGACAAAGGGCUAUUCAACAUGCGAGGUAGGGGCAGGACACCAAAGUUCAACCUCGUUCCCCCCUUGGAGAAAACCCCAACAGCUAUUGGGGACGAGAUGAUUCAGAAACAGCGAACCGAAGAAUUCGUAACGCGAGUUAUAGUUUCCGCCAUAGGAGGCGCGUUUCUAAUCGUCCCUGUUUGGAUAAUGGUGUUGGUAAAAUCUACAUACACGUCGCUUAUAACGACAACCGUGUUCGUAUUCGUAGGCGGCUUUGCAGCAGCAGCGGUACUCAAGGAUAACCUCCAGGUCGUUUCGGUGACGGCGGCAUACGCGGCUGUACUGGUUGUUUUCGUCGGUGCAAAUGGUCCUUCGACAUAGACAUAGACGUACUCUGUUUGGGAUCUCAUUGCACUUACUGCCUCCCACACACUCGAGUUUCCUACAGAUAUCUAUGAAGAAAGAAAGGGUCAAUGUAAUUUUAGGUAUAUUAUAUAUUGUUACUAAUAUGAGGGGGCUACAUUUACCCAGCUAACAUGGAGACUUUUCUGGGGCAUUUAAAUAAUAUUAUCCAUGCCUUUGAAAGGUCCCCAAAUAGGAGAAAAUACCAGUCCCAGAUUUAGGUACAGAAGGUAGAUAGAGUAUGAUUGCAAGACAAAC